CAAAAUUUCACGUUUUAUGAUGCGUUGACAAAGUAUACCCUUCCGGUAAAGUAGGCAGCGUCGCCACCACCGCUCCUUGAUGCAGUCACUUUCAUUUUCGAGUCCCAGAACCCACUUGAGCAUGACUUUCGUCUCGUCCUUGUGCGCGCCCGCGCCUUUGGCCGGCUUCUCCCCCUUGAACAAGGCCCGCCGCGUUCCCCUCGCCACGUCCGCGGCGACCGGCAAGACUUGGGAUGCUCGCUUUAGCCACGCCGUGCCCCACGAUGCGUCGUACUAUGCCAAGUGCAUGAUUGCCGGUGUGUUGUCGUGCGGUGCGACCCACACGUUCAUCACGCCUUUGGAUGUGGUCAAGUGCAACAUGCAAGUGACCCCCGGCAAGUACUCUGGUCUUGUGCAAGGCUUGAAGUUGGUGGCCGCUGAAGAAGGUACGGCCGCGCUCUUCAAGGGGUGGGCGCCUACCGCGAUCGGUUACUCUGCCCAAGGGUUCUGCAAGUUUGGCUUCUAUGAAAUCUUCAAGGAUUUCUACUCCACCCUUGCCGGCGAAGAAAACGCGUACACGUACCGUGGCGCGAUCUACCUUGCCGGGUCUGCGUCUGCGGAAUUCAUCGCCGACGUUGCCCUCUGCCCCAUGGAAAUGGUCAAGGUGAAGGUCCAAACCUCCCCUGCCGGCUCCUUCCCCACCGCCCUUGGCCCUGCCAUCGCCGCCAUGAAGGCCAACGCCGCCGAAACCCGUUACCCGUUCGGUUCCGUCGUGCCUUUGUGGUCGCGCCAAAUCCCGUACACCAUGGCCAAGUUUUUCUUCUUUGAAAAGGUCGUGGAAGCGUUCUACACCAACGUGUUCACCGCACCCAAGGAGUCGUACCCCAAGUCCACCCAGCUCGGAAUCACCUUCGCGUCUGGUUACAUUGCCGGUGUGAUCUGCGCCAUCGUGUCGCACCCUGCCGAUUCGCUCGUGUCCCUUAUGGGCAAGGCCGAAAACAAGGGCAAGGCCAUGGGCCAGAUCGCCAGCGAAACCGGUAUUGUCAACUUGGCGACCAAGGGUUUGGGCACGCGUAUCAUCAUGAUCGGUACCCUCACCGGUCUCCAAUGGUGGAUCUACGACACGUUCAAGUCCGUCAUGGGCAUGGGAACGUCCGGCGGUGCCCCCCCCAAGAAGUAAACACUCUUGUUGUUUCGGGGAUAUUUAGACGACACAUGUUUGAUCUAAUAUAUACUAUCACAGCUCCGUGGUUGUUAUUCCCAAUUGGCU